AAAAAAAAAAGAAAAGGGAAAGCCCAACCCAUCCGCAGGCGGCACGGCGGAGUGAGCGCCGGCGGCCGGAGCGGAGGAGCUAGGGUUCCGAUGGCUGUGGCCGCUGCCCAAGACCUCCCGCCGACCUUCCAUCCCAACCCCUCGCCUUUGCCUUCCUCCAUGGAGCCGCGCCUCCGCCAGCUCCGCAGGGUUCCGCUCCUCGACUUCGUCGCCCGCAUCGCCGACCUCCAUGCCGAUCAGGCCAGCCCCGUCCGCAAGCUCGUCGCCGAGAUGAUUGGUGAGGUUGGGUCAAAACACAUGGCAUACCUUCCCAAUGUCAUGCCUUGUCUGCUUCAUCUUCUCAACGAUGACACACCUGCGGUCGCAAGGCAAGCUAUUAAAACAGGAACAACCUUGUUUGCCAAAGUACUACGACAGCUAGUUAUUCAGGGCUUGUUCUCAAGUGGUGGCAUUGAUGAUUCAUUAAAAUUAUCCUGGGAGGCACUGCUCAAGCUUAAAUCUGCUGUGUCACACAUGGCCUUUCAGCCGAUGAGCAAUGAAGGAGCCAGGUUACUGGCUAUUAAAUUUGUUGAAAAAACAGUUCUAUUGUACACCCCUGAUCUUGAUACCCCACCGGAUCCACCAAUUGAAGUUACAGAAGAUAUGGGAUUCAAUGUAGCGUGGCUGAGAGGAGGUCACCCUUUGCUUAAUGUUGGAGAUCUGGCAAUGGAAGCCAGCCAGAACCUUGGAUUGCUGCUAGAACAGCUUAAGCCUCCUAAAGUAAAAUCACUCAGUACUUCCAUGAUCAUUGUCUUUGUUACUAGCCUCUCAGCUAUCGCGCAAAGAAGACCUUCAUUUUACGGACGCAUACUUCCAGUUUUACUUUCUUUGGAUCCAGCAAGUUCCAUUAUUAAAGUGCAAGUCCCAGGUGCUUUCCAUGCUUUGAAGAGUGCCUUUGCUGCAUGCCUGAAAUGUACACAUUCAAGUGCAGAGCCGUGGCGAGCUCGCCUAUUGGAAGCUCAAAAUAUUAUCAACCAGGCUGAUUCGAUAGAACAUUCUUCAAACAGGGUAGAAUCAUUGCCUCUGGAGACAACAAGCACAGAUAACAGUAACAAGCGUAAUCUGAUCGAUGACAUCGAUAAUGCGCCAGAAGAUGGUGAUCGUUCCAACAAAAGAAUUAGGCAAUCACAUCAUGAUCAAGAACAUACUGAAAAUGUAAAGAAUAAUGUGGAGCUAACCUCUGCUGAUACCCCAUCUAGCCCGUCCAACUCUGCAAGUACUGGAAAUUCUGAAGCUGUAUAUCAAUUAGUUAGUAUGUUUGCUGCAUUAGCCGCUCAAGGUGACAGAGCGGCUGGAUCACUGCAAAUCCUGUCAUCCAGUAUUGCUGCUGACUUAUUAGCAGAGGUGGUAAUGGUUAACAUGCAACACCUGCCAGUUUCUCAUCCUGAAGUAGACCAACAACAAUCUCCUUCAGCUGGCCAGCCAUCUGGUGCUCCGAGUUCAAGUCUUCUUUCAGCAUGCUUUCCUCUGUUAGAAUCUUUAUUGAAGAGAAUAAAUCAAAAUGAUCGAGAGGUCGAUGAAGCACCUCAAACUAUAGAUUCUGCUGUUGUGCCAUCUGCUGCUGGUGAAACUGCAGCAAUUCCUGCCAUUCCUGGACCUACCUCAAGAAAUGUACCUAUGGAGGAGAAUAGUAAUAGUUCAUCAAUUCCAUCUGAUAUGGAAACUAUAGAGGCUAAAGAACCCACUGCAGAUGCCGCUAGGUUAUCAAUUGAGAUUCAAGAAUCAUCAGAAGCUUCCCAUGCUUCAACAGAACUUCAAGGAACCCAAGAGCAUGGUGGCAGUUUUAUUAGUUCAUUGCCUGCUGAUAAUUCCUCAGCUGGUCUUAGUUUGGCUCAAUCUUCAGAAACUCGUAGUCCAAGCUCUUCUAUGGUGGAAGCAAGUCAGACUCAGUUCUCAUAUUCAAGCACACUUACUUCACAGCAUGUGCUUCCAAAGUUGGUUGUGACUAAUAUUGAUCUCAGCGAUGAGGCUAAAGAUCUACUUCAAAAAGAAGCAUUUUUGCGGAUUCUUGAUUGUGAUAAACAAGAUGCAUCUGGUGGUUCAAUAGCUCGUCUUCCCUUGCUUGCUCACUUGGGUGUUGAGUUCCCUUUGGAGUUGGACCCUUGGGAGCUUCUCCAGAAGCAUGUACUGUCUGAUUAUGUAAAUAAUGAGGGACACGAGCUGACACUGUGCAUUCUGAACAGGUUGUAUCGUGAAGCAGAACAGGAUCAAGACUUCCUUUCAUCGAGAACUGCAACAUCAGUUUAUGAAUCGUUUCUUCUGACUGUUGCUGAAAAUCUUCGCGAUAUGUUUCCGGCUUCAGAUAAAUCACUUGGAAAAUUACUUUGUGAGAUACCAUACUUACCAGAGGGUGUAUUGAAGUUGCUAGAGGGCUUAUGUUCUCCUGGAAGCAAUGAGAAGCAGGACAAGGAUCUGCAGAGUGGUGAUAGGGUAACUCAAGGACUUAGUGCUGUCUGGAACCUUAUCAUGUUAAGACCUUCAAAUCGAGACAGAUGUCUGGAGAUCGCUUUGCAGAGUUCAAUCCAUCAUCUAGAUGAGGUCCGCAUGAAGGCAAUACGCUUGGUAGCAAAUAAGCUAUUUCCUAUGGCAAGCAUUUCAAAAAGGAUUGAAGAUUUUGCAAAUGAAAAACUUAAUUCAGUUCUGGAAGUAGUUCCAGCUGAUGAAUCAGCAGCUUCUGAAAUGUCUACUCCAGAAGCACCCAAGGAUGGUGGUUCAGAAAAUUUAUCGUCUUCAGUAGCAGAUUCUCAAACUUUGAUGUCACUCUAUUUUGCUUUGUGCACCAAGAAGCAUUCCCUUCUUCGGCAUGUAUUUGCAAUAUAUGGAAGUCUACCACAAGCUGCCAAGCAGGCAGUUCAUCGACAAGUACCCAUUCUGAUCCGCACAAUAGGCUCAUCUCCCAGUCUUCUUGGGAUCAUCUCAGACCCACCAGCUGAUAGUCGGGACCUACUGAUGCAGGUUUUACAGACACUCACCGAUGGAGCAAUGCCAUCUCAAGAUCUGAUUUCCUCUGUAAAGAACUUAUAUUCUAAAACAAAGGAUAUCGAGGUCCUUUUUGCAGUCUUGGCUCAUCUGCCAAAAGAUGAGGUCCUCCCUGUUUUUCCCAGUAUUGUUAAUCUUCCCUUGGAUAAGUUUCAAGUUGCACUUUCUCGAAUCCUGCAGGGAUCACCGCAGAAUGGGCCUUCUCUUGAUCCAUCAGAAAUUUUGAUUGCGAUUCAUGUAAUAGAUCCUGAGAAAGAAGGAAUACCACUCAAAAAGGUUAUUGAUGCCUGUGCUGCUUGUUUUGAGCAAAGGACAAUAUUCACUCAACAAGUUUUGGCGAAAGCACUGAACCAACUGGUUGAACAAAUUCCACUUCCGUUGCUGUUUAUGCGAACUGUUAUGCAAGCAAUCGGUGCAUUUCCUGCAUUGGUGGACUUUGUGAUGGAUAUCAUGUCACGUCUUGUUAGCAAGCAGAUAUGGAAGUAUCCCAAGUUAUGGGUAGGAUUCCUGAAGUGUGCUAUCUUGACGAAACCUCAGUCAUAUGGUGUGCUGCUGCAGUUACCAGCUCCUCAACUUGAAAAUGCCUUGAAUAAGAAUCCUGUACUGAAGGCACCUUUGGUUGAGCACGCGAACCAACCUAACGUACGAUCAACUCUUCCAAGGUCUACCUUGGUAGUUUUGGGUCUUGCUGAAGAUCAACAGCAACCUGCACCUCAAGCACAAAGUAGCCAAAAUCAGGCUGCAGAAACCAGCAGUUCAGCUGCAGAUACUACGACAGAAGUGACCCAGGAAUCUUCCGCUGUUAGCUAAUCUUCUUCGGCAGCCGUGAAUGUGACGUCCCAAUCAACUAUUGGUUACUUCCCUUUCUGUAUUAGUUAUAUGCCGGAAGGAGGUGGGCAUUGAAGUUCAAGAUGGGUCUGGAAUAGACCCUUGUUAGGACUUAGGACUUGGAUAAUUCAUUGUAGCUGGGCAGUUGGAUAUGUAGUAUACAGUUUUACCUUGACUAGGGAAAUGGGAAGAUUCUUAGCCGUCUUUUCAUCUUUGGCGGUCUAUAUUUUCUAAAAUUUUUCAUUGAACUUUUGUGCCUGAAGAAUGUCUGAUAUUUGUUA